AAUUUCCUUAAUUAUCAAUCAUCAUCGUCUUCAUCAUCUCUCUAGUCCUCUCUCGAAACCCUAGCGAUUCCCAAUUUCAUUUCCUGAGAUCGAAUUUCAUCGAAUUUCAGGAAAAUUUAGUAAUAAAUAAGAAACAAUGUCAACGGAUGCUACGGAGACUUCCCCACCAUCUCCCCGUCCAUCCUCCGACUUCAUUGAUCAAUCACCGUUGCUUUCAAGCGGAGAUGAAAACGAAGGAAGCAGCAGAGGAGGAGGAGGAUCUUCCGUGAGAUCCGUGAGGAGACAAGGAUUGAGAGAAGCAGCGAGGUUUCUAUCCCGCGCAAGCAGCGGGCGUGCGAUGCGUGAGCCGUCUAUCGUUGUCAGAGAAGCAGCCGCGGAGCAGUUAGAGGAGAGACAGAGCGAUUGGGCCUACUCGAGGCCCAUAGUGGUGCUUGACAUCGUGUGGAAUUUGGCGUUUGUGUCUGUUGCUGUUGCUGUUUUGGUGAUGAGUAGGGAUGAACAUCCGAUUAUGCCGCUUAGGGUUUGGAUCUUUGGGUAUGCGUUGCAGUGUGUGUUGCAUAUGGUUUGUGUUUGGGUUGAGUUUAGGAGGAGGGAUAGGAUGAGGACUAAUAGGAGGAGGAUGGCGUCACGUUCUUCUUCUUCGUCUUCUUCUUCUAUGGAGGAAGAUGCUUUGGUUUCGAGGAGGAAUUCAGAUGAGCAGCUUGAGAGCGAAAGUAGCAGUGUUGCGAAGCAUCUGGAAUCUGCCAACACAAUGUUCUCGUUUAUUUGGUGGAUCAUUGGGUUCUACUGGGUAUCUGCUGGUGGUCAACAGUUGGCGCAAGAAUCCCCACGGAUUUACUGGUUGUCUAUCGUCUUUCUAGGUUUCGAUGUGUUCUUUGUUGUCUUCUGUGUUGCGUUGGCCUGCGUUAUUGGCAUUGCUGUUUGCUGUUGCCUGCCUUGCAUCAUUGCAAUUUUGUACGCUGUUGCAGAUCAGGAAGGGGCGUCAAAAGAAGACAUUGAGCAACUCACCAAAUUCAAGUUUCGAAAAGUUGGUGGUGUCAGCAAACACACCGGUGAUGAAGCCCAAGCAAAUACCGAGGGAAUAAUGACAGAGUGUGGUACAGAUUCACCCGUUGAACAUACCAUUCUGCAGGAGGAUGCAGAAUGUUGCAUCUGUCUCUCUGCAUAUGAAGACGGAACCGAACUAAGGGAACUUCCUUGUGGCCAUCAUUUCCACUGCUCAUGCGUAGACAAAUGGCUAUACAUAAACGCCACUUGCCCACUCUGCAAAUACAACAUCCUCAAGAGCAGCAACUUGGAUCGUGAAGAAGUCUAGAAGAAACAGCUUUGCAUAUUCAUGACCCCGAGUUGGCGUCCAAAGGUAAAAAAAGACGACAGAGAUAGAAUUCAUUGUUUGUGGUUUGCUGUCUAUACAAAUUAUUGUACUUUUGUUUGUUUUUAUAUUGAAUUUUUUUUUGGUUUGUACAUGUAUAUCUAUCUAUCUUCUGUCACAUACAACCACUCUUUUGUAUUACCUCCCUGUAUCAUGGAUCUUUCAUCAUGUGGAGAUUGGCCAUUGAAGAUUUUGAUACUUG